GGGACGCACAAGCGGCUGGGCACACAUGGAUGUACACGAAACAACACGCACAUACGCAGAAACUCAAAACACACACCAAAGGCACCCACACAGCCGCCCACACUGAAGUCCUGCCCCGCCUGCGCCGCGCCCUGUAUUCACGCACUCACAGCCCCCGCGCGGGGCCGCGCAGCCACUUGCACCGGGUGCCCGGGAGCGUGCGCUCGUCCUUGGGCGCUUCUGGUUGUGUGCGCCCCCGGCUUCCAGUCGUUCCUUUGGGAGGGGGAGGAGUGGCUGCGAGGGGUGAGAGACGAGCGCGCAGGCCGAGGAGAAGGGAGGGAGCAGAGGGAGGGAGCGCGGCCGGGGGAGGAGAGCGGGAAGGAGGCGGCUCUGGCAGCGCGCGGCGGCGGCGGCGGCGGUAGCGGCGGUGGCGGCAGCGGCGGCGGCGGCGCGGUGAGCUUGGACUGGGAGCCCAGAGCUCGGCUGGACAGCAGAGAGGAGGAGCCGCAGGAACUGCAGCUCUGUCAGCUUGGGCCGAACCUAGAGACACCGGCCUGGCGGGUCGGCGCCAGCCGCAGACAGAGGCUGAGCAUGGAGCUGUCCCCCUGCAGUCCUCCCGAGAUGCUGGAGCCGGAUUGCCCGUCACCCCUGGAGCUGAAGUCAGCCCCCAGCAAGAAGAUGUGGAUUAAGCUUCGGUCUCUGCUGCGCUACAUGGUGAAGCAGUUGGAGAAUGGCGAGGUAAACAUUGAGGAGCUGAAGAAAAACCUGGAGUACACGGCAUCUCUGCUGGAGGCUGUCUACAUAGACGAGACACGGCAAAUCUUGGACACGGAGGAUGAACUGCAGGAACUGCGGUCAGAUGCUGUGCCUUCUGAGGUGCGGGAUUGGCUGGCCUCCACCUUCACCCAGCAGGCCCGGGCCAAAGGCCGCCGAGCAGAGGAGAAGCCCAAGUUCCGGAGCAUUGUGCAUGCUGUGCAGGCCGGGAUCUUCGUGGAGCGGAUGUUCCGGAGAACGUACACCUCUGUGGGACCCACCUAUUCCACUGCUGUCCUCAAGUGUCUCAAGAACCUGGACCUCUGGUGCUUUGAUGUUUUUUCCUUGAACCGGGCAGCAGAUGACCAUGCACUGAGGACUAUUGUUUUUGAGUUGCUGACUCGGCAUACCCUCAUCAGCCGCUUUAAGAUUCCCACUGUGUUUUUGAUGACUUUCCUGGAUGCUUUGGAGACAGGCUAUGGGAAGUAUAAGAACCCUUACCACAACCAGAUCCAUGCAGCUGAUGUUACGCAGACAGUCCAUUGCUUCUUGCUCCGCACGGGGAUGGUGCAUUGCCUGUCGGAGAUUGAGGUCUUGGCCAUCAUCUUUGCUGCAGCCAUCCACGACUAUGAGCACACAGGCACUACCAACAGUUUCCACAUCCAGACCAAGUCAGAAUGUGCCAUCCUGUACAAUGACCGCUCGGUGCUGGAGAAUCACCACCUCAGCUCUGUUUUCCGAAUGAUGCAGGAUGAUGAGAUGAACAUUUUCAUCAACCUCGCCAAGGAUGAGUUUGUAGAGCUGCGGGCCCUGGUCAUUGAGAUGGUGUUGGCCACAGAUAUGUCCUGCCACUUCCAGCAAGUGAAGUCCAUGAAGACGGCCUUGCAGCAGCUGGAGAGGAUUGACAAGUCCAAGGCCCUGUCUCUACUGCUCCAUGCUGCUGACAUCAGCCACCCCACCAAGCAGUGGUCGGUUCACAGCCGCUGGACCAAGGCCCUCAUGGAGGAAUUCUUUCGCCAGGGUGACAAGGAGGCAGAGCUGGGCCUGCCCUUUUCUCCGCUGUGUGAUCGCACUUCCACGCUCGUGGCACAGUCCCAGAUUGGGUUCAUUGACUUCAUUGUGGAACCUACGUUCUCUGUGCUGACUGAUGUGGCUGAGAAGAGCGUCCAGCCUCUGGCAGAUGAGGACUCCAAGUCGAAAAACCAGCCUAGCUUCCAGUGGCGCCAGCCUUCUCUGGAUGUGGAAGUGGGAGAUCCCAACCCCGACGUGGUCAGCUUCCGCUCUACCUGGACCAAAUACAUUCAGGAGAACAAGCAGAAGUGGAAGGAACGGGCAGCAAGUGGCAUCACCAACCAGAUGUCCGUUGACGAGCUGCCCCCCUGUGAGGAAGAGACCCCGCCCUCCCCCGCCGAAGAUGAGCACAACCAGAAUGGGAAUCUGGACUAGCCUGGGGCUGGCCCGGGUCCUCACUGAGUCCAGAAUGUUCUAUGUCAUCAGCACCAUCCAUCGGGACCAGUUACUCCAUUUGCCAAGGGCGCAUGGAGGCUGAGGAAUACACAACCCACCCGAAAGCCAAAUGCCAGAGAUUGUGGGGUUGGGGGACACCCAUUGGGGCAUGCUUUAAUCUCCCGGCAGCAAGACUGGGGAACUUCAGGCUCCCAGUGGUCACUGUGCCCACUCCCCUGCCUCUGGACUCCCAGCAUGGCCAGAUGGCUGACUGGGAGGGGCAUGGGGGAGGGUGGGAGAUGCCAGCCCCCUGGGCCCUCCCCCAUCCUUUUUGCCUCCAAGUUUCUAAGCAAUACAUUUUGGGGGUUCCCUCAGCCCCCCACCCCAGAUCUUAGCUGGCAGGUCUGGGUCCCCCUUUCCUCCCCUGGGAGGGGCUGGAAUAGGAUAAAAAGCUGGGGGUUUCAGAGCCCUGUGUUUGAAGAGGGGAGUGGCUCCUUCAGGGCAUGGUACCUUUCUAGGGCCUGGAAUGUGGGGGACAUCCUCUUUACCCCAGACCUGCUUCAGCCCCAUCCUCAGUCUGAUGCCCCUGCAACCUUCCCUCUUCCAUUCUGAAAUGACCAUGGGGAAGAGAGGAGCCGCUGGGACCAGGGGCUGAGAGGAGGCCUUUCCUGGGGUCGUCAAGAAUUUGGGAUUGGUCUAGGCUCCUGGGGCUUGUCACCUGCUCGGCUGCUCCUGAGCCUCUGCCUCCUUCCUCUCCUCUGGGGCUGGGAGGCUGCCAUCUGACCAGUGUCUGUAAAGUGCUGUGAGGUCCCCCCAGCCAAGCACCUUCAGGAUGCAUCAGCACAGGCAGGACAGACUACUGGGGUUGGGGUCUGGGGUGCAUGGGGAGGAUGAGAUGUAAGCCAGUAAUCCUGUGUUGCUAACAGAGGGUCCCUCCCCUCUCCCCAGCCCUGGCCCAGCUGCAGGCACCAAAAGGCCCCUCACUUGUGGGGGACAAGGUGGGCGUGGUGUGUAGAAGACAGAUGGGGAGGGGCUCAGGGCUGCUGCUGUCCUGUCCUCUAAGAGAUGCCAGCCAGGCCCUUCCUCUCUUCAGGCUCCUCUGGCCCCGCCUACCCUGGCUCCGGCAAGGCCCAAGUCCAGGUGACUGCCUUCCUUUCUUGUAAAUAGCCAACCACACAUUUGUACAGUGGGCCCUGUUUGUGUGAAGUCCAUAUCCAUGGUCUCUUAGACCAGCCACCUGAUACUUGUCCCUCCUACCCCACCCCGAGUGGGGCAGAGACGCAUGUGACUCACCUCUGCCCUUGGUCUCCCAGAACCCUGCUAUAGCCAGAGAUCAAUAAAGAAGGGAGACCAGG